GGGCUGCUGCUCCGCUGGGUUCACAGGAGUGGAGGUGGCUGUGUUACUGGUGUGCUAAGAGGUAACCUCUUCCAGCCGGAGUCUCCCUGCUGCCUUCUCGGGGCAGGAUCCACCAAGCUUUGAGGAAACAUUUCCUUGUGAAGUUAUUCAAGAAGACAUCAGGAUGACAACACAGCCUCCUCGAGGCUGCGGCAGCAUCCAUGCUGACUAUUUCCUACUUUGUGACAUGGAUCAGGCCUGGGGGAUUGUCCUGGAGUCGCUGGCUGCAGCUGGAGUCCUUGUCACUGUUUUCCUCAUCUGCUCCCUCUUCUUCCUCAUCUGCAAAGUCCAAGACAACAGCAAGAGGCACAUGAUCUCCAUCUAUUUCUUCUUCCUCUUAGGCAUACUUGGCAUUUUUGGCAUCACUUUUGCCUUCAUCAUUAGAAGCAAUGAGAGGAUUCGCCCCACUCGUUUCUUCCUGUUUGGAGUCCUCUUUGCACUCUGCUUCUCCUGCCUCCUCAUCCAUGCCUCCAAUCUCAUCAGACUAGUGAGAGGAAAAAAGCCCUUCUCCUGGCCAGUGUUGCUGCUACUAAUUGUUUCCUUUGCUCUGGUGCAAGUUGUGAUCAACAUUGAAUACCUAGUCACCAUGCUGGUAAAAGAUAGAAACACAUUUUUGAAUAUGGCUUCAGAGGAGGCCAACAAGGACUUUGUCAUGCUUCUGAUCUAUGUGCUCUUCUUGAUGGCUUUGACCUUCCUGGUUUCCAUCUUCACAUUCUGUGGGCCGUAUAAGAGCUGGAAGAGACACGGAGCACACAUCUUUGUCACUGUCCUGUUCUCCAUUGCCAUUUGGGUUGUGUGGAUCACUAUGCUCACAAGAGGCAACCAGUCAUUAGGGAAGACUAAUUGGGAUGAUCCUGUUGUGGCCAUUGCCCUGGUGUCCAAUGGAUGGGUCUUCUUGAUAAUGUAUAUCAUCCCUGAAAUUUGUUUCCUCACUGCCCCUCUCAAGCUGGGGGACUACCCUCCAGAAAACGACUUCUGCCAACCCACAUUCAUAAAGCAGUCGACUGGAGUGGACAACCAUGCCUAUACCCAAGAUGAAAUUGUGCAAGGAGACAAGGAAGGCACCAGAUACUCCCCGUACUCUGCUCACCUCCAGAUGAAGCCCAUGGCCUGAAUGCAUUCCCAUCAGCUGUCACACUGCAAGCUGUCAUGCAGAUCCAGAGCGGCAGCCUGCAUCACCCUGUGUGCACUCACCAGUCCUCCUCCAGCACACAGCCUGGCCAGACCCAGCAGCUCACGCCAUGUCCUCCCAUGUCCUCUGGUGACACAUCUCGAUAACUGGUUUGCCGUACCAGGAUCCUCCUCUACAGUGCCAUCAGUCACACUCUUGGGAAACCUCCCGUUCCGUUUCUCCCUUCCUUGUGUGUUUUUAGUUUUAUUCUAUUGCUUCUUCCGUCUUUUAAAAGUAAAAACUGCCUCGCUUCCUUUCCAGACCCUUGACGCAAAGAAUGAUUUCUCCAUCCCUCGGGCCAAGGCCCACCCGAGCCCAUACCAUGACUACACUGGUGGGAAAGGCCCCAUGUAGCAGCUGUGCGGGGAGCAAAGAGACUGAGGGCCACGCGGGGACAGGUGUGCUGAUCCCACAGAAGAGACAGACUGAGACCCACACUGGCAAUGCUGACAACGAGAGGCCCUGUUUUCCCUCAGUUUUUCCACCGGCACCCUUCUCAUUCCUGGAAGACAGCUCUCAGGCACGGCCCGGGCAAUGGUUUCUACCUGGGACGGAGCUCGUCCUGGGGAGAGCAUGCCCUGGCCUAUUUCCAGCAGGAAUGCUGCAGGGCUAGAGCAGCAGGAAGAUCACCAGCUGGGCCCACGGCCUGCUCUGCCCCAGAUUGGCCCACGUGUCUGCCUGGGCCCCGCAUCUGGCAGGAGGAGAGAAAGGAGCAGCAGCACCAGCGCUCCAUGGCCCAACUGCUGCCCACCUGCAACUGUAGGUACAGGCAUUGAAACACCCCCACCUGUUUGCCCUGACACAUUUUCUACUCUCUUGAGCAUCACCCACCUCCCUGGCUCCGAGCCAUGACCAGCGGAGCACCCCCAGGAGCUGCCAUACCCCACAGGCCCUCCCAACCACCCCAACCUGUGGGAGCCUGCAGUCAAAACCCCCCCCUUUUGCAGCUGCCUGCAGUGCCCCCAUCCCGAGCUCUGCCUCCUCCCGAGUGUUUCUGCGGCAUUAUCACCAACAUUUCUCCAGCAGCCAGGUUACGGAGGAUUUGCUUUGUCCCAGGGAUGAGUGCACACGAGCGUAUGCACGCGUGUGCCCGCCCAUGUGCUGCAAGGACUGCGCCCUGCAGAGCUGAAUCACUCCGCAUCCUGCUUUGCAUUCAGCAAAUAGCUUUCUGUGGUGUUUCGUAUAUAGACACACAGAGCUCUCCAAGUGGGUGUGUGUGGUAUGCUGGCAUCUGACACAGCUAUGUAUUUAUUUAGUUCUUUGUAUAUGGGAUAUUUAAUUAAUAAAAACAGCCUGACUUCGA